ACUACGACAUUUAUUGCUGUCCCGAUAAGAUAACGCCGAUCCCCGGGGGGAACGGACUACCCAUGAUGGUCAGUAGAAACCGUCCACUAGUUGUGUAUUGAAAUUCAUCGGAUGAGACAGACGAUACCUCCACGGGAAAUUGAAUUCAUUUAAACUCUUCAAUGAUUUAAUUCAUCACAAAUCAGAUUGAACAGAUUAAGGGCUUAAUUAAGGGAGUUUGAUUUGACAGGAAUGGUACACAUCUCCGCGGUCCUGCUGCUGCUGAGCUCCUAUCAUGGAGUACUUGCUCAAAAUAUACCCGCAUUGGCUUCAUUCUCAGGCCAGUGUGUUGGACCAGGAGCCGUGGCGUUUGCUCUCGAUGGUUCAGAAAGCAUUAAUACGACUAAUUUCGACCAACUUAAACAGUUUGUCAAAGCAAAUAUAGACCAAUUCGUUAUUGGGGCAAAUAAUAUUCAGAUCGCCGCUUUUGUGUUCAGCCAGCAGAUUGGGGAUGGGUUUCAAUUUAGCGGUCAAGACACAAAAUAUACAGUGUUUGCCAAGUUAGACGCACUGAAUCUAAUCAGAAUGGCCACUUUCACCGACGUAGCCAUCAACGAGAUGAUUCGACUUCUCAUACAGCCCAACGUCCCCUCCCCUAAGGUGGGCGUGGUCCUAACUGACGGAGAAUCCUACGACCCUGACAAGACCCGGAUAGCCGCCAUCACAGCCCGCGCCAUAGGCAUUACGCUCAUCGCAGUAGGAAUCGGCGUCACGCCCGGAUCCUCGGCUGCGACAGAGCUGAACGCAAUAACCGGAAAUCCAUCACAGGUUCUACUAAUUAAUGGAUACAACCAGUUGACGAACCUGACAAGUAUACUUAGCGAUUUACUGUGUCAAGCAAUAACGACAACCACAAGCACGACGACAACAACAACGCCUGCACCAACAACUACACCGAUCCCGACAACCCAGAAACCGACAUUACCUCCCCUGACAACGCAAAAACUGCAAACCGAUAAAAUCACUAACCCCCUGUGUGAGGGCUGUAUUAUAGCUGACGGGGUGGGCUAUAACAGGCACGGCUCCAGCUGCCAGCGCUUCGUGCAGUGUUACCUAGAGGACGGGACGGCGGUGGCUGUGGAGAAGAAGUGCGGGUUCGGACAGUUCUUCUCGUUAUCCGACCUGACGUGUGUUCACUCUGAAUUCUCAGACUGUCCGUACGAUCCCUGUAUUGGACAGCCAGACGGCGCAAGUUGGAAUAUGGGUGAAAAUUGCCAGGGAUACUGGACCUGUAUGAACGGUCACUCCAUGCCUUCGUGCUGCGGGAACCAGACAAGAUAUGUCUCAGGGACCGGAUGUACGGCUGACACGACGUGUAUUGAGGCGUGUCCACCCAAAACCUCAGUUUUACCAUUUAACUGUGAAACCCAGGCCGAUGCUGACCCUAGCUACUACCUACAGAAUGUGAGCGGAAGUCUGCUGCGGCGGCGCUGUGCUCCCGGAACUCACUAUGACAGCGGAUCAUGUGGUUGUUCCAUACUUAUCACUGUAGCACCAUCAACAGCGUGUUCCCCCAUGCUGUAUCACUCUCUGUCGGACCAGUACUUCUACGACGCCCACAACAUCAUCCCCGUGGGAAUGGCGAACGUUGCCGUCUCUAUCGGCUCUCUGGCUUUUGGCGGGAACGGCGAGGUCAACAUUUGGCGCUUGGCCAACUAUGACUUUCAGAACGUGCUGGUCGUUAGGUUUGAGUUGACGGUAGGGACGUCGGCCAGCCCUAGAACGGAACAGGUUCUGGUGAAUUGUCUCCACUCUAACGGGGUAAUGGUGCCAGCAUCUGUCGACAUUCAAGUCAUCAAGACACAGACGGCUGCGCAGUUAGUUUACACGAUCAGAGCAGGCGGGCAGUCAAAGACUCUGACGUCAGCAAUCACGCCUGGCGUUGCUACAGAGGUUGUGUACGCCUAUGAUGGGGCAGUGUUUGCAGUGUACUCUGGUCCUGGGACCGAAUCUUCAACCGCUCUCAAGGAGACUGUCUGCAAUGGACGGGUGAAUCUGGUCGUUGCCAUGGACUCUUCCUCUAGUCUGACAUCCAUACAGUUCCUUCAAAUUAAAAACUUCACAGCGAAAGGACUACUGAAGAGGUUCACCCAAACAAACAGCAUCGCCACCGUGUCGUUCGCGGAUAAUGUGGAAAUCGUCACAGACUUUGGGGAACUGAACAGCGAUAAAAUCAUGAUGUAUAACUCCAAUAGAGACUACCACACCAGGAUUGACUUUGCUAUAGGAAACAUGACAGAUAUGAUGUCCAAUAGUUCUAUACUUGAUCAGAGUGUUCCGAAGGUCGCCUUAAUUUUGACCGAUGGAAAAAGCACGAGUGGUAUCGAACUUCUUCAUCAGUCUGCAAUGUAUGCCGACAGAAACAAUGUGUAUGUGAUGGCCAUCGGGGUGGGCGAGGAAGUGAACCUGUCCCCCACGGAACUUGAUAACAUGACCCACGGGAUAAACGAGCACCAACAAAUCAUUCCCUACCGGGAUCUCACAAAGUCUGUGGACCGCAUUGUCGAACAGAUCUGUUAUCUUUCACAGAACGGGCCUCUAAGAACUGGAGCCAUACGAGGACGCUACCUUUUAACAAUCGUUUUUGACGUCACGAUUCAGAGCCUCGAUUUGACAAAACAACUAAUAGCCAAACUUUUGGAAUACAUCCAGUAUGAAAAUCCUUCGGUAAAUCUGAUUAUAGCCAGUGUAACUGACGGACCAAACUCCAUUGGACGUUUUGACGAAGCUUCAAGUCAGCUUGAAGUGCUGAAGUUCAUAGAACACAUGACGACAUCGUCUCAUCAAUAUUUUGACGCUGUAGCGGCUUACGACAAAGUUGAAAGUGACUUUCUGUAUGCGCCUAGUGAUUCUUCCAACAUCGCAUUGUUUAUUACUGAUAAACCUAUUCAGACCGACGAUUUCACUUACACACAGAACUACUUUAAGACAAAGUCGGAAUCAAACAGCGUAGAUGUGCUCUUUGUUGGGGUGGGGUCGGCGGUGAGCCCGGACUCGUCCCUCGCUUUGUCUGGUUUUAGAGUAGCUCACAGAAUCAUCGCGUCCAACACCUCAGUACUGACAAGCGGACUCAACAAUAUAAUCAGAGCAAUCGGAACAGAAGUCCUCAAAUACCCAGUACCAGUAAAUGUAUCACAUGAAGCAUUCCAUGGUCCAGCGGAGAUUUUGAUCGGAUAUAGUAACUGUCCACACAUGUUCAACAUCGAGAAAUUCAACAGAUAUAAUAAAUUUCUGGAGAAUGUGGUCAGAAACAUCCACAUGGGACCCGACAACGUUCAGCUGACCUUAGCAACUUAUUGCACUGGUAUUAACUAUGUCACCAGCAUUAAGGAUUACGUCAUAACAUUUCACGUGCCGUUUGGUCUACAACGAGGAGGCGUGAUUACACAACUGCAGUGGACAACCGAAAACGUCAUCAGGGAAGUGUUGGAUGUUUAUGAUGAAGUAGAGUCUGACGUAAAGAUAGCAAUCGUUAUCAUUUCUGAUCCUUUCAUGGAAGAAGAUUUGACUGGACUUUUAAAAGAGGCGGACGACGAAAACAUUUUGAUUAUGCCUCUUGCAUUGUACCAUGAUAAUGUCACAAAGGAAGGAAUAGAGGAGAAAGUUAAUAAAAUGUCUACAGCUAUUCCACCUUUAUUCGUGUCUUGGACUGACCUAAGAUCUAAUGGGGUAGUGCAAACAAUGAAUAUAUUGGGAAAAUACUUAACUGGAAACAGAAACGACAUCCUCAUUUCAGCAUCCAGUAUGAAUUUGAAUGACGACUUGUUAAAAAAUAACUUGAAACUCUAUGUUAGGGAGCUACAAAAUGUCAACAACCGAGAGACGUCCUCCACACUCGAACAGAAAAUGAUCACAGAUAUUCAAUUUUACAGCAGAAACAUGCUUAAUGACAAUGUGCGAAACAUGCAUGCGGGACUUCAUGGUAUUUUGAUGAGUUUUUUGUUCUCAGAGGACCCAACAGAAAACAGAAUUGGUUUUGUGAUUUCAAGGGGAUCUUCCUCUAGUCCCAGUCUUACACUAUCCACCGCCCGCCUUUUACAAGACGCAAAUAUCCAAAUGUUUGCUUUAGGUUAUGGGGUAGAUGGAACUAGAGACAGGGAACUCUCCUCGAUAACUGGAGAUGAAGCACGUAUAACAAAGCUUACAUCAGCAUCUGACAUUAUUGGAGCAAUGAACUCUGUUAAAAACAUGAUGGAGUCUGUCAAUUUGGACACGGAUAAAGCGACGCAUAUUUCCGUUGCUCUUGAUACUUCUUUGAAUGUCACGGAUACAGACGUAAAGAAUCUGAAAGUUAUGAUUAACAUGUUCAUCAAGCUGUGGUCUAAUGGCAAAAACCUGUACUUGACAUUUGGACAGUUUAACAGACACUACUACCCUGAGUUUGUCCGCCAGGCCAUUAGCGACACCACGCAUACAGAGAUGAUGCAGCGGGUUUAUAGCUUUGAACGUCAGAGUCCACGUGACAGUUCCCACCAAGUUUCACGAACCCCACAAGCUCUUCCUCUCCACAUUACAAUCAGAAACCUGCAUCAGACAAUGAAGGCUUUGGGUUCCCCGGGCAGCUCACAAGUGGUGGUCAUGAUGUUUGACAAGGAACCUGUAGACAUCCUGUUAACGGAUAUUGCAAUCAGAGAGGCUCGUAUUGAUAACGUGCAUUUUGUAACGAUUUCAAUUGGAAUUGACUCAUACCCGGAUACUUUUACAUACACCCUUCCAUUGUACUCACUUGGUGACGUGAGCUCUAACGCUAUGGGAACCCUAAACGUUACUUUGCAGUCUGUUUUACCACAAGGUCAACUGGAUAUGAUAUUUGCUUUGGAUGCUGAUUCUCUUAUUUCCAAUGAAGUCAUGAAUUGGAUGAAAGUGGCCACACAAUUUCUGACGUCUGGGAUGUCGUCGCGCUUUUCCAAAUACGGCGUUUUCACAUUUUCUGAUCAAAUUAAAGAAGUUGUUGAUUUUUCCGAUUAUCAGAGUGGAAAUCUGGUUUCGUAUUUGAAAAGUAUAUCUGGUUUUGCCAGGCAUCCGUCAAUUCAACCGAAACCAAGCGUGGUGAUAAACAAGCUGCAUAGUCUGAUUGACACCUCCAUGUCUACAGCUGCAAAGAUAGGUCUUAUUCUGAUUGAUGACGACACGGAUAAUGACAAAGACUUGCAGUCGUUUUCAACUGAGGCUUGGGAGAAGGGCCUAAAUCUGAUCUCUAUUGGAGUCGGUAAACACGUGGACCAGCAAGAGGUCACAUCAAUCGCCAGGUUCCAGAGCGACCAUUACCUGCAACUCCGAGACUGGGACACUUUGAACACGGACGGGUUUUCGUGGGCAAUACAAACGUUCCAGAAAUUGGAGCCGUUACAUCUGUACGUUAAGGAGACUGUACCACCAGUAACUACCCCGUCCACCACGCCCUCUGUACCGGAUACCACGGUCGUUCUGGAAGAAUGCAGUGGUGUUGUUGAUAUUGCUUUUGCCAUGGAUGCCUCCGGUAGCCUUACAACGCAAAUGUUCAACGCAAUCAAACUGACUGUUGCAAACACAAUCGCCAACAUGAAACUUUCUAACAAUGACGUAAGAGUACGAGGCAUCGUGACGUUUGAUGACACCGUACAGGAAGUUGCAGAAGAUAUCAAUGAUAAGGUACUGCUGAGGGAACUAAUAUUUGGAGCUGUUCACACGAAAGGAAUGACAAAAAUAGAUCUGGCCAUCACAAGACUAACGGAGUACCUUCUCUUAGAACCAAAACGAAAUGCCAGGCGAAUAGGUGUUGUCAUAACAGACGGGAAGUCGAUGAAACCUCAAAAAACCCGCGAAGCCGCUGCAGCAGCAGUGCGCAACAACGUCACAAUGGUUGCUAUGGGGAUCGGAGGACCGACUGAUAUUUCAUAUACCGAACUUAUGGAUGUAGCAAACAAUGUUACUGACAACUUCCUAUGGCUAAAGACCCUACAGUCGUUCUUAGAGAACGGGACAAAAGUGUUGCAUGAAAGAAUAUGCAGUGUAACUAAGGGCCAGGACUUGAUCACCACAACAGCGCCCCCUGUUGUCACAAAAGACCCUAACAGCCCAGAAGAACUAUGUGCAAGGUGCAGUUGUAUCGGGAGAGUGACGGUUUCAGACCCCUCCGACUGUAGCAUAUAUCAUGUCUGCCAGGAUUCCAAGUAUGUGGCCACUGAGUACUGCGACCCUGAUAAGUUUUGGGACACUGUUUCACAGUCCUGUCAGCUCCCCAUGUUUGCCAAUUGCGCAUAUGAUUCCUGCCACCUCCGACCCGACGGUUAUAACUACACGACCCUCCGCCUGUUGGAAGAGAAGCGUUGCGACCAGUUCUACACGUGUCUGAACGGCCGCACCAAGAAGCUGUGUACCUGUGGGGAGAGGCUGGCUGAUGACGUCAUGAUCCACCGGAAGUACGAUCCGCUGUCUGACCACUGCGUGGACGAUCUUGAUGGAGAAUGCUUCACAAUCAUAGACAACAGGCAUCAGAAAAUCACAACUCCUGAGACCUGGGUUUGCUAUCUGAGAGCGACAUCAUCCAAGUACAGUUUCAUCAACCUUAAAACCAACGCAGUGCAGAAGUGUCCGGAGAACCUUGUGUACAGCUCCGAUAAAUGUAGUUGUGUGGAAGAGAGUUCUCCUCGAGUAGACAUAUGCCUAGCUAAUGUGGACUUGCAAUUCAAUAAGCGGUCCAUGCAGUUUUGGAACGUGACUCUUUCUGAUGGCCAGGGGGUGUUCGAUGGGAAAUCCCUGGUCUCCAUCAAACGACUUGCCGGCCAUUACGCGCAUGACUUUGCAGUUCGAGUUUCACUGAAAACUGACUCUGAGCAAGACAUGACAUUGUUUGAAAAUGCAAACUGUCAAGAAACAAACCUGCCAAGUAUUAAAGUGUAUGUGAAGAGGGCGCUGCGAUCAAUGGCAAUCAUCGCACAGAUCAAAACCGCUCACGGCUUUGUUAAAUUUCAACUGCAGUCCACGGCCCUGUUCCGUGGCUAUCAGACCACUCUCACAUUGGCAGCCAAGGCCCAUAAAGUGGCCAUGUGGACCUCCUAUCGUGUCGCUGGCACUGACCCAGAAACGCGCGAGACAGACAUCACCUUAGACUUGCCAGUUCCAAUGGUACUACAGCUGUUUACCAGAGGAUGUGGCGGACUAUUUCAACCGCGCAUAAACAACGUCUUUUCGCCUGCAUCACCAUACUAA